GAGCACGGAAAAAUUGGGUCGAUGCGCGGAAGAUGGCGGCCGCUGCGUGGUGUGCGUAAAGGGGAUCGUGUUCGGAUUUUGCGGAAAAAAACAUGAGUGAAUGCGAUAAGGUGCAUUGACACGCGCAAAACGCGACCACUCGUGCGAGCGGCAUGGCACGCGCGUAAAAACGCCGCUUACGCGGACUCACGUCGGGUCCUCUCGCGAUCGCGGGGGUGUUAUCGUUUGUUUACGAUAAGCGGCAGUAAAAAGCCUCUGCUCUUUCGGUUUUCGGUUCCCCGCGCGCGCGGGGCCAGUAACGCGUUCGCGAUUCGCGACGCGAAGCGGAGUGCAAAACGGAGAGAAAGGGACACACACACACGCCGAGGGAAAGAAAGAGAACGAGGAGAUACGAGGGAUUCGGCACUGGAGAUAAAGUGUUGCCGGACUUCGGCCCGGUGAAGAAGACCCGUAGAGAUGCUGAAGCAAUUGCAGAUGGGGAUGAGAGCUUUCCUCUUAAUGGCCUCCCGUGUGUGGACCUGCAUUUGCUUUCUACUCAAGAAGCAGGUUAGAACCGUCUCACAAAUGCAACCAGUCAAGUAUGAAAUCUUUCCACUUUCACCUUUAUCCAGGCACAGACUUAGUAUAGUUAAAAGGAAGGUAUUAGUAUUGGAUUUAGAUGAAACAUUAAUUCAUUCACAUCACGAUGGAGUAGCAAGGCCAACCGUCAGGCCUGGUACACCUCCAGAUUUUGUUCUUAAAGUGACGAUAGACAGACAUCCUGUUAGGUUUUUUGUUCAUAAAAGACCACAUGUAGAUUUCUUCUUGGACAUUGUUAGUCAAUGGUACGAACUUGUAGUCUUCACUGCAUCCAUGGAAAUAUAUGGGGCAGCAGUCGCGGAUAAGCUAGAUAACAACAGAGGUAUUUUAAGGCGCAGAUAUUAUAGACAACAUUGUACACCAGAAAUGGGUUCCUAUACUAAAGAUCUGUCGGCAAUUUGCUCAGACCUUUCUUCAGUCUUCAUUCUUGAUAACAGUCCAGGAGCCUAUAGAGCUUAUCCGGAUAAUGCGAUACCUAUAAAGUCAUGGUUCAGUGAUGCAGGAGAUACUGCUUUAUUAAGCUUACUUCCAGUGCUGGAUGCUCUUCGUUUCACGCAAGAUGUGCGUUCUGUUCUUUCAAGGAAUUUACACUUACAUCAUACUUGGUAGCAUAGUUGGGAUUGAGCGAUAUAUGCUUGAUAUUCUCUAGAGGUGAAGUUGCUAACAACUUAGUGUGUCUAGCCUAGAAUUAUUAUUGUUAUUAAUAAUAGAGCAACAUUAGAAGUCGCUGCCCAUAUAAUGAAAGAUGAGGCUCCUUCCAAAGUCCUCGUUUUUUUUUUCAUACUCGUUGAAUGACGAGUAGACAUUGAAGGAAGUGGUAUUCAGCCAAUAAUUACAUCAGCACAAAGUAUCUUAGGAUAAUUCUUUAUGUUAUACAAUCCAUGUGUGCAAAAUCGUUCGAAUUUCUUUACUUUUCUGUUACAUAAGCAUUUGCCAAAGACCAAAAUACGAAAAUAAUAUAGAGUCGCGCAGCAGGAUUUUUUCUUUUUAGAUAAGGAUUACUUAAAGUUUUUAUUUAUAUAUAUUUUGCGGCACAUCAUGGAAAGAGAGAGAAAGAGAGAGAGAGAGAGAAGAAGCGAGCGAACGAACGAACGAACGAAUGAACGAACGAACGAAAAAGAAAGAGAAAGUGUGUGUGUGUGUGUGUGAAAGAGAGGAGGAAGUAAUCGAAAUGAGAUACUUUUGUUACUGUAUAUUAUUAAUGUAGGAUGUAGAAAAAUAUACACUAAGUCAAAAGAACUUUGCUGCAACUCACUGUAUCAGUGAGGUAGCUAUCCUGGUAUAUCUGAUAUAUAUAUAUAUAUAUACAUAUAUAUAUAUAUAUAUAUAUAUAAAGUAAUAUUAAUAUAUAAAUAUAUAUAAUGAUGUAUGUAUAUAUGUACACACAUCGUUCAUUUGCUGCAAGAAUGACAUAACUAAAAAAUCGCCCUUAUUGAGUUAGUACAGGGAGUUGGUACAUGUACUAUUUACAGCUAAAACUACGAUUACUUACGAUGUUACUUUACUAAAUAUGUCAAUAUAUUUAAAAUUUUCAUACAAAGUUAUAGCAAUUCAAAACAUUAAAUCGUGUCUCCUGAAAAUUAUAUUUUUUUGAGUUAUGUCAUUGUCGUGUCUCCUGAAAAUUAUAUUUUUUUGAGUUAUGCCAUUAUUGCAGCAAAUGAGCGAUAUAUAUAUACACAUAUUAUUAUACAUGUAUAUGUAAUAUGAUAUAUAUAUAAAACCAGGAAACAGAGAGUAAUAUCUAUUCUCGUCAAUCUUUCGCGAAAUAGAAUAUUGCAUAUGCCCAAUUAUACGAUCAAUAAUCAUUGGUUUUCAUUGAUGCACACUUUAAGUGAGCUAAUAGCGAGUUAAUGAUCCUACACACAUACACACACGCCUGUGUAUUUUGUUCGCUUGUUUAACCAUGCAUCAUGGAAAAUGCAACAGUAAUAACAGGACAUUAUUACAAUUUGUACAUAUUACUUGAAACGUUUGAUUAAGGGUGACUGAUGUUUGUAUGAAUGAUUGGUAAUACGUAAGACGUAAAAUAUGGGAUUCAUUUAAUAUCUACAUAUGUAUAUAUCUAUAUAUAUAUAUAUAUACAUGCAUACGCAUGCAUUUAUAUAUAAAUGUAAAAUUUACUCGUACAAUUCUCUUUGAGAACAACAAAAAAAUACACGCCCAUGAGCACAAGAUAUAACGACAUCGAUGAUUUAUCCUGUAAUAAAGAUUUUUUUCUUUUUGUUUUUUUAACAUUUAUUUAUUGUAUACUGUAGGACCUUUGCGUAUUUUCUAUUGUACAUAACUGUCAAUCGUUCGCUCGAGACAUGAGCCAUGGGCAAUGCAUAUAGUAUUCUAAAUGGAAGUAAUGUUAAUCUAUUUGUUCAAUAAAAUCAUAUCUGUACAUACACACAUACGUUUAUCGGGUUACAAUUGUAACUAUGCGUGCGUCUACGGUGUCGAGCUUACACCAGUCUCAGCUCACACCAGUCUCAGCUCACACAUUUCUCAGUUUACAAAAUGCGAGAAGAUCUAGAAUAUUCUUUAAUACGAUACUUUAAUAUCGUGACUAUCAUUGAUAAUUGAAUCUGGAUUGAAGUGUCAAUAUUUAGUCCAGAAGAAACGUCAAUCGCGUGGUUUCAUGAACACUGUCUCGUACAAGAUGUAUCUAUAUAUUUAUUAUUUAUAUUUAUCUCGAUGUGGAAUAAUUUUAUUCCAACAUGUCUCUGUAAAGAAGUUCCUUAUGUAGGUACACCAUAUAAACUACAUUAACUAAAUCGCUACAGAUUACAUAGCUUGCCGAGAAAUAUGGUCAUCCGAAAGCAUUCUUGAAAAUACCGAGUAAUAACUUCUAUGUUCUCCCCAUUUUUUAUAUAUGUACAGCGAUGAUGUGAAGAGUGUCGAACUAAGUCUUCUAGGAAUUAAUAACUCCCGUUUAGAUCUUUGUACGAAAAACGUAUUUUAUUAAAAGUUAUAAGUAAGAAAAUAUACCCACUACAUUCAUCCAAUACAUUUAUUCUGUCGGUUUAUUCGUUAUUAUAUUAUUAACAACUGUAACAGAAACGAUAUUAUCAAUAUACGAAACACUCUCAAUAAUAUUGGAAACCUCAAAAAAUCGCUCUUUGUACAAAAUAUCGAUAAACAUCAGAAUAUUGAAGAAGCGACCAAUUCCGUCAAGAAUGCAAGAAUGUUUAUUGCCAUUAAUAAAGAUAACGCGCGACACAUCUCUAAUACCGUAUAAAUAUUUGAAACUACAAUCCUCUCCUCCAAUACAUGAUGAUAAAGAUCAGUAUGUAGAAGACUAUCUUUACAGAAGUGAUUAUGGUAGACACAGAAUUCCUAAAUUUACUCCUUCGCCGGUUCUUCCCGGAUCAUCUCCAAGGAACUAUCUGAAUUGUUACUUCCACUUCCAGCAUCAUCCUCCCGUUCGGUUGCUUUCUCUUGAGUUUCAUUUGUGGUAUCCAACUGCCACGCUGGUAUAGAUGUUGGAGCAGUAGGAAACCUUCUACUAUUGUAAACAUUCGCCACCAUUAAAAUACAAUCUGACGCUAACGAUAAAUAACACAUACAAUUGUAAACAAAGUAUUUAUAAAGAUUUUGGAUUACAAGCAACUUUUCCUAUGUGUCAAUUGUUCAUAAUGUAGAAAAUACGUGUAUAAUGCAAAUCGGAAAACUCUUUAUAUUAUAAAAGAUUGAUUCAAAAGCGCAUAUAGUCAAAAGUAGGCGUAAGACAAAAAUAGGCACAAAAGUUUGUAUCUUAAAUUUGGAAUUUUGGACCUUAUAUUUUGUAAGCUCAUGUAAUUCUUGUUUAAAGAAUCAUCAUACCACUAAAGCGCGAUUAUAUUAUUUUUUUAAGAAUAGCCUGUACAUGUACGCAUGCGUAAAGUGUUUGAUGAAUGAUCCCUUGUAAAAAGAAAGAAUAAAUUUAACAUAAACAAAUAUUAUGUAUCACAACAAAACAAUAAAUAAUGUCCAAAUUAUGAUUAAUCUCAUUGUAUAGCAAUAAAUUGCUCUUACUAACUUA